UGGAACGUCCCCAUGGUGACGUUUGUGAAGGUCCCACUGCCCGCAGCACGGGUGCCAUUGCGCUUCCUGCUGCUGCUGGCAGGACAAGCCUUGUUGGCUGCGGGAACGGUCAUGGACAGGAAUUUCUGCCCAGGUGAAAAAUUCACCAUUCCAAUGGAGACACCUUCCUUAGAAACAUCGGGUGUUUCUCUUCCAAACACCCAGUCGGCAGUCUCGGCAUCUGCUGCCCGCCGACUCCGUGGUAAAAGAGCAGCUGCGGAUGCUGCCCUUGGACCUCUCCAAGAGGAGAAGACUUCUCCAUUUUCUCCUGGGGAAGUCUGUGCCAAAAGACGAUGCUGUGGUCCCUCUGAGAAAUGCUCCAGCAAUGCCAGUGACAUGUCAUCCUGCUCCUUUCUCAACCAUCUCCGGAAAGUUGUUGAGAGUGAUGGCUUCCAGUCCAUUUGGUGGGGCGAUGACGGAGACUUCAUUGUGAUUGAGGAGCCGUUCUUCACAACAGAAGUACUGGCCAGAGGAGGUUUUGAUGUUGGCAACAUGAAAGAUUUUGUUCGUCUCCUUCAUCACCAUGGCUUCUACAUCGUGGAUGCAGAUUUGCCAACCUCUGCCUCCCGUGCUCGGUUCCUAGCAGAGGGAGCAUCAAUUUCUACUCCUAGCGAGGUACGUAGCCCCUCUACCUGUGAGACAGCUCUUGGCACAGUGGCACUGGUGGCCAGUCAGUCCAAAGAGAGCUGGCUGACAGCUGGUGAUACUUGGGUACGUGU